UGUAUUCAAAUUGAUAUCACCUUCCUUAAUUAUAUUCGGACAGGCAUGGCGAAGAUUACUGUUAUAGUGGCAGUUGCUCUGACUUGGCAGCUGAUUUUCGCCGCGCAAGGUGGUGUUAGUGGCGGCCGGAGCGAUGGAGGUGGCGGGAUUGGCAGCGCAGGACCGCGGUGCCAUCAGUGUUCCGGCGUGACGGAUCCUCACUACUGUUCUAUGGUCGUGCACUGUGAUGCCGACGAGGAGUGUCACACAGAGAAAGUGAUCGGGGAGGGUUCAACCGUCUUCUACAACUCAGGAUGCCUCAAAACUCAGCUGUGUCAGAUGGCAUCAAAGGGCCGAAGGAGCGACCUGCACGUGUGUGAGGGUUGCUGUAACACUGACCUAUGUAACACCGAGCUAUGUCCCCCAGACAACAGUACGUCACCGGGUGCCCAGUGUUACCAGUGUGACUCCGUGAACGAUCCAGCCGACUGUUCCAACAGAAUAACAUGUGCCGACGGGGAGCAAUGUAUCGUGCAGAAGUACGCGACGGUGAAGAUGGAAGUGAAAUACAGUCUCGGUUGUGAGACCACUCAGCGCUGUGAGCUCCUACGUCGGCUGGGGGGCGGUGACUCUCGCCGAAGGACGGUGCAGUUGUGUAACGCCUGCUGUGAUUCCCCGGGAUGUAAUAGACACCUCUGUACAUCAGCGAACUCCGACUGUUUUGACGACCCGGACAUGGACUGCAAGCUAGCAGACGAUGCCCACGACAUCUGUGCCAAACGGACACUUGCAGCCACCAAGUACUGUCGGAAGUAUUGUGGAUUCUGUUCAGACAACAACGGGACCACAGUGGCGCCCCCUACCGGAAGCACUGUGACUCCGUGUGCGGAUAGUGGUGACGUGGACUGCCGCCAGAUGAACGAGACGCUACACAUGUGUGAGCGGAAGAAUUCCCCGGCCACUCUCCUGUACUGUCCGCGCUUUUGUGGCCUGUGUAACGCCACGUGCACAGAUGACCCGAACGUGAACUGUGCACAAGAGAAUUCCACCCACAAUAUCUGCGCUCUACGGACGCUCGCCGCUACAAAAUUCUGCCCGGAGUAUUGCGGCUACUGCUCAGCGGACGGAAGCACAAUGCCGCCGCCGCCGGGGGUGACUGUGGACCCCUGCCAAGACACGGGUGAGGUUGACUGCCGCUCGUUGAACGACACCCUCAACAUCUGCGGUAACCUCAAUUCCCCACCCACCGUAAUGUACUGCCCGCGCUUCUGCGGCGUCUGUAAGCCCGCAUGCGCAGAUAACCCGGAUGUCGACUGCAGGAAGGUUAACGACACUCAAAACAUCUGCGCCCUCGGGACGCUCUCCGCCCGGAACUUUUGUCCUAAAUUCUGCGGAUACUGCGGAGGCCCGGGGAUGACAACAGUUGUCCCACCUAGUGCUGCACCACCGUGUACUGACAACCCGGAUAUAGACUGUGCCACCCUGGACGCCACCGUGAACGUGUGCGCAGACAGGACGAACGUAGCCACCAACAUUUACUGCCCCAAAUUCUGCAAGAUAUGUUAAAAUUGCUGAAAAAGCUGUACAAAUAUUCAUGUCAAUUUUGAAAAAAAUAAAUAAAUAAACUUUACAAAGAAAAUAUGAAA